AGGCAGAGCGCGGCGCCUAGAACCGUCCAGGUCGCUCGUGUCUCCAGUGAGAAAACGUUCUUCCUAACACCGGAAACUUUUUCCCGGGCGCGCGGAGUCUGGGACAGAGGCGAGCGGUGUUGGCCGAGUCUGUGGUGUUAAGGAAGACUGAGGGCCAGGAGGCAGCCCUGGCAGAAGCCCUUCUGCGGGCAGCUGGAACACUCUGGUCCUACAGGUGAAGCUGACCCGUCACCAGGACUUAUGACCCGCGGCCUCACUCCCAUCCUGCCCCUCGAGUUCCACAAGAUGGGCUCCUUCCGCAGGCCAAGACCGCGCUUCAUGAGCUCCCCGGUGCUCAGCGACCUGCCCCGGUUCCAAGCUGCCCGGCAGGCCCUGCAGCUGAGCUCCAACUCGGCCUGGAAUAGCGUCCAGACAGCCGUGAUCAACGUUUUCAAAGGGGGCGGCUUGCAAAGCAACGAGCUGUAUGUCCUGAAUGAAAACAUCAGGCGCCUGCUGAAGAGUGAACUUGGGUCGUUCAUUACAGACUAUUUCCAGAACCAGCUGCUUGCAAAGGGACUGUCGUUUGUGGAGGAGAAGAUCAAGCUGUGCGAAGGUGAGAACCUCGUGGAGGCUCUGGCUGACGUCUGGGACCACUUCUUCACUGAGACCCUGCCCACCCUGCAGGCCAUCUUCUACCCAGUUCAGGGACAGGAGCUGACCAUCCGCCAGAUCUCCCUCCUGGGCUUCCGAGACCUGGUCCUGCUGAAGGUGAAGCUGGGCGACUUGCUGCUGCUGGGGCCGCCAUCCAAGCUGCCCUCCUCCAUCAUCCAGAUGCUGCUCAUCCUGCAGAGUGUUCACGAGCCCACUGGUCCAAGUGAGGGUUAUCUGCAGCUGGAGGAGCUGGUGAAGCAAGUGGUUUCUCCUUUCCUGGGCAUCAGUGGGGACCGAAGCUUCUCAGGACCCACGUACUCACUGGCCAGGCGGUACUCCAGGGUCCGGCCCAAGGUGACCCUCCUGAACUACACCUCCCCAGUGACCACCGUCAGCCGGCCGCUGAACGAGAUGGCCCUGACCCCACUGACGGAGCAGGAGGGAGAGGCCUACCUGGAGAAGUGCGGCAGCGUUCGGCGGCACACGGUGGCCAACGCCCACUCGGACAUCCAGCUGCUGGCCAUGGCCACCAUGAUGCACUCGGGCCUGGGGGAGGAGGCCGGCAGCGAGGACAAGUGCCUGCUCCUGCCGCCCAGCUUUCCCCCGCCCCACCGGCAGUGCUCCAGUGAGCCCAACAUCACCGACAGCCCCGACGAACUGGAGGAGGUGGCAGGGGACAGCCAGGAGGACUCGGAGCUCAUGGAGGAGGUGGCAGGGGACAGCCAGGAAGACUCGGAGCUCAACUGCGCUUCCCUCAGCUGAGAUGCCUCCCCCAGGGCUUCCCAGCGCCAGGACGAGGAGAGCCCUGCAUGGACCCCCGAGGGGCUCUUCCUUUGGUUGCAGGUGCCUUAUUUCUUUUAAGGUACAGCUCUGGUCUAGCUGCCCAAGGGGGGCAGUGUCUGACCAGCUCCUCGCAGCCACAAAGACCCAGUUGCGUCCUGCCCC